AUGGCAGAGACGUCUCGGCUCUACCGUCCCUUCCACCAGCCCAGGCCCCAACGCACCUUGCAGGCCAAGAGGUGCUGCGGCGACCGGGAGUACAUCCGGGACCUGAAAGAGAAAUGCUGCUAUGUGGCUUUGGACUUUGACAAGGAGAAGGCAGAGGCCUCCUCGCCUCCCCACGCACAGAAAUACCGGCUGCCCGACGGCCAGGAGGUCGAGCUUGGCUCGGAGAGAUUCUUCGGCCCUGAGGUGCUUUUCCAGACAAAUCUCAUAGCGAGGGACAGCCUGGGCGCCCACAUGGCGGCCUUCCGCAGCAUCAGUUCCUGCGACCCCGCCCUCUGGAAGGUUCUCUUUGGCCACGUCCUCCUGUCUGGAGGCACCGGCUCCUGCUGCGGCCUGAGUUCCCGGAUGCAGAAGGAACUGUCUGCCCUGGUGUCCCCUCCAGUCAUCGUGAAGGUGUCCACCUGCCCCUUCUCCCUGUACAGCGCCUGGGUGGGCGGCUCCAUCCUGGGCUCACUCUCCACCUUUCAGGACAUGUGGGUCACCAGUGACGACUACAAGGACGUCGGCUCCUCCGUCAUCCAUAGGCGGUCCUUCUGA